GGCGCCACAGAGAUGCUCAGGGUCCUGCCCUAAGAACGAGGAGCCAAAGGGGUGCCCAGAGCUGGACUUCCUCAGACAGGACAGAAAGCUGCCCCAGUGACUAGUCCUGGAGGUUCCUCUCCCAGGGGCGGAGGCAGGAGGCAGCAAUCUGUAGGUGGGCAAGGUAGCAGGAGGGGCGCCGCUUCCCUGGGCACCUGGUCUGGGAUUCCUUUCCCAAAUCCAUCCAAGAGAUUUUUUCUGCAUGAGGAGGGGAAUACUUGCUCUGUUGGCCGGAGCUCCAGGGGUUUUGGAAGAAGUGACCAAGGGCAUUUGGAGAGAUGUGGCACCAGGGGCUUGAAGGAGAAAUGAAUGUUUCUCAGAAGAAGAGGCAGCAUUCCUGAAAAGUGACUGAAAUUGACCAGGAAGAGGCCUUAGACUCUUAGAGUAUGCUUAAAAGCCUAUGCAUUCCUUGGGGAAUCUAGGGACCAGCCGAUGCCAGGGAACAGUGACCUGGAGCACUGAACCCAGAAGACAGGCGGAAAGCAAGCAGGUCUUCUUACUGGUAUGGCUUGGGUUGCUACAGGGUUGCUCCUGAUGGAACACCUCUGUGCUUUAGUCCAGACAGCACCUGGGGCUGGACAAGGGGCUGGGUGGUGAGUGAUUGGGGGAAGUCUGGCUAAGCCUGGUCAAGAACGUGAGGGCUAAGCCACCAGAAGUGCUUUCCUUCUUGGAAGAUGGCUCCUAACACUUCUACCAUGGAUGAGACCGGCCUGCCGGUGGAGAGGGACUUCUCCUUUCGCAUCCUCACCGCCUGUUUUCUGUCCCUGCUCAUCCUGUCCACUCUCUUGGGGAAUACCUUAGUCUGUGCCGCCGUCAUCAGGUUUCGACACCUGCGGUCCAAGGUGACCAACUUCUUUGUCAUCUCUUUAGCUGUGUCAGAUCUCUUGGUGGCUGUCUUGGUCAUGCCCUGGAAAGCUGUGGCUGAGAUUGCUGGCUUUUGGCCCUUUGGGUCCUUUUGUAACAUUUGGGUAGCCUUUGACAUCAUGUGCUCCACAGCAUCCAUCCUUAACCUCUGUGUGAUCAGCGUGGACAGGUAUUGGGCUAUCUCCAGCCCUUUCCAGUAUGAGAGGAAGAUGACCCCGAAGGCAGCCUUCAUCCUGAUUAGCGUAGCAUGGGCUUUGUCUGUUCUCAUAUCCUUCAUCCCAGUGCAGCUAAGCUGGCACAAGGCAAAACCUACAUGGCCCUUGGAUGGCAAUUUUACUUUCCUGGAAGAUGCCGAGGAUGACAACUGUGACACAAGGUUGAGCAGGACAUACGCUAUUUCAUCCUCCCUCAUAAGCUUUUACAUCCCCGUGGCCAUCAUGAUCGUCACCUACACCAGUAUCUACAGGAUUGCCCAGAAGCAAAUCCGGCGCAUCGCGGCCUUGGAGAGGGCAGCGGUCCAUGCCAAGAACUGCCAGACCACCACUGGUAAUGGAAACCCUGUCGAAUGCUCUCAAUCAGAAAGUUCCUUUAAGAUGUCCUUUAAGAGGGAGACUAAAGUCCUGAAAACACUGUCUGUGAUCAUGGGGGUAUUCGUGUGCUGCUGGCUCCCUUUCUUCAUUUCAAACUGUAUGGUGCCCUUCUGUGGCUCCGAGGAGACCCAGCCAUUCUGCAUUGAUUCCAUCACCUUUGAUGUAUUUGUGUGGUUUGGCUGGGCGAAUUCCUCCCUGAACCCCAUUAUUUAUGCUUUUAAUGCCGAUUUUCAGAAGGCAUUCUCUACCCUCUUAGGAUGCUACAGACUCUGCCCUACAACGAAUAAUGCCAUAGAGACGGUAAGCAUCAACAACAAUGGGGCUGUGAUGUUUUCCAGCCACCAUGAGCCCCGAGGCUCCAUCUCCAAGGACUGUAAUCUGGUUUACCUGAUCCCUCAUGCUGUGGGCUCCUCUGAGGACCUGAAGAGGGAGGAUGCCGGUGGAAUAGCUAAGCCACUGGAGAAGCUGUCCCCGGCCUUAUCGGUCAUAUUGGACUAUGACACCGAUGUCUCUCUAGAAAAGAUCCAACCCAUUACACACAGUGGACAGCAUUCAACCUGAAUAUUGGGUUCUCAUCUCUGAAGCUACAAGUUCCCUAGGGCUUGCUGUUAAGAAAUUAACACAAGAUCCUCCUGCUGCUUUUCUAGCCACAAGGGAAAUGACUUCAGUUCUGAAAUGAUUUUUGAAGCAUUAUCUUAGGACACUAUACAUAUAUUUAAAAAGAAAUAGGGCCAAAAGUCAACUGUAAACAGCUUCACUUAAAAAAAAUCAAACUUUCCAGGAAGGAAGUGUGAGAGUUGUUUGCUGUAUCCAAACAGGUGCUAAAACUGUCCGAGCAGUUUUCAGAUUGUAAAGGUAGGUGCAUGCCUUCGUCAAUCAACUUCUCCAACAAUAAUUGAGCCUUACAGCAAGAGUGGGAUUUCUUUUUUUUUU